AUGUCACAGACGCCGACACAGACGCCUUCGCGGCGGCGGGCGGCGGUGGACACGCCGGGUUCUGUGCGGUCCAACACGUCCACGAGCGAUCGCAGUGUGCUGCUCGAGCGGACGGAAGAGCUGGAGUUGGAGAUCGAGGACCUCCGGCGAGCGAUAGCAUCCGAACGGGAGCGGAGGCGUUCGACGCAGCGGCAGCUGGAGAAGCAGCGCGCUACCGAUGCAACGCGCGACGAGGUGCGCACCACCCUGCUCGAGAAGCUGCGCCAGAUGGACGACGAUGCGCUCACGGCAUUGUUGGGUGCGUCGGUGCAGAGUCUUGCGCGCGUGAUUGCCGGUGCCGAUUCCGCGUGGGUCGCAGUAGACGCCGGGCUGGUGCCCAGCAAGUCGGUCGGUGUAGAGGGCACAGGAAGUGCGUCUGAUAUCGACCGUCGACUUGCACUGUCGGCGCAAGGGGUGCAGCACGAGUUGCACCGAACCCGACAUGCAGCUUCAGUGAACCAGUGGCUCAACGAUCGACAACGCCGCUCCAAUGCGCUCGUUCAGUCGCUCGCCCAGUUUUCCUAUCUCGACAUCGACACGCUCGACCAAGCAUCCUCCAGCGAGCGUCGAAGCAUCCACCUCGCUGGAUCCUUUGCACGACUCUUUCCGAUCGAUAUCCGGUUCGUUGUCGACGACUCUGGUUCCUCACCUGCAAUCCAGCAUCUGGCAAUCGACAUUCCGAGCUGGCUUUCAACUACGCUCAACACCCCGCAUGCGCUCUUCUCGCGCUUGCUGAAACGUAACGAUCUACCGGCGGUACUGCUGAUGCUGCGUACGAUGGUGCCCCUACUGUCGUUGCGGCGCAACAUGUUUACGUCGCUGAUGGAGUCGUAUACCGACUUGGUGCGAUCACACAUUCGGGCGUGGGAAUCGUCGCACGGAAUCGACUUUGCACCCUGGUAUCCACCGGGCACCUCUCGCAAGCGCGCCUCGUCCCGAGUCGAUGAAACCCUCGGACGGUCACUUAUCGCCACCGAUGCCGAAACACUCGUGCUGCAAAACUCCCACGGCGCAUCGCUGACACUGCGCUUCCGCAUUGUCUGGAAUCGUUAUGGCCAUGCAGUGCCACAGCUGGACGCGGAACCCAACGUACCAGCAGGAUUGAUGGACCCAACAGCAACCGCGUUUUUGCAACAGUUUGACCACGAGUUCAAACACCUCUGCAAGGUUGCGGUACAGCAGGAUGGCAUCGUAGGGUGGCAGGACGAAGAGCAGGAUCAGGCCGUGGGAAGAUGGGGCCUCAUGCCGGCACUGCACGCUACCAUAGCGGCGUUCUUUAGACUAGCCAUUGACGACGCCUCGGAUACAGGCUCCGACUAG